AUGACACUCCUCCGGAACUCGCUGCUGCUGCUGCUCAGUUGCUUCUUGCUGCUCAAGGUCUCCGCUCAGAUACCCAUUACGCCCAGAGAGUGCCCCGAAAAUGAGAACUUUCGGCCAUGCGGCCCCAGCUGCCAAACGGAGUGUGCUACCCUGGGAGAGCCUUGCCUGAUACGGCAUAUACGCUGCCCGGACGGUUGCUACUGUUUGGAUGGUUAUGCCCGGGAUGCGACCGGCAGGUGUAUACCCAUUAAUAAAUGCAAAAAGAGAGGGAGCUAUAAGAGACCCUAUUGACGCAGCUGAAGUUUUUUUUUUAAACCAAAAAAAAUAAAAACAAUAAACUUGAAUUAAAAUUAU